UACUGACAGUUCAUUCUUCGUGUUUUUAUUUUGUGUUUAUUUAGAAUUUUCAUGAAAUGUGAUUCAUUCUAUGUGUGAUUUGAAGCUGCUAUGGUUUCGGUAUAUCCUUUUGGUGCUUUUAACUUUGUAUGUUAAAUAAAUUAUGCAUAAUAUAAGUAUUGAAAGUGGCGCGCGUAACGGAUGCAUUCCUUUACCGUAAAAGUAACGACGAAUCGUGAUGUUAUUGCAAAUUGGGGCCGGGUAGUGUUAAAAAGAUGCCUUUCAAGCUAAAGUUAAAGAAGACCCGUCAGUACAAUGUAGCGUCCAAGAGUUUAUUUGUAAUAAGCGUAGAACUUCUUGACGGUGGUGUAGCAGACUGCACCCUUUCCGUAGAUAGUACAGGUCAGGAGUGCCUCGACAACGUCUGUCAGAGACAAGCUAUAAAUCAACCUGAGCUAUUCGGUCUUCGCUACGUGAACCGGAGUCAGCAGUCACGAUGGGUCCAAUUGGAUCGACCUCUGAAACGCCAGCUCGAGAAAUACGCGUCAUCACAUCAACUGUACCUGCGUGUGAUGUACUACGUUAUAUCCGGAACGAGUUUGAUUACCGAUGAAGUUACACGAUACCACUACUUCCUACAGUUGAAGAAUGAUCUGGUGGAAGGGCGGAUAAUAUGUGACUGUCAGCAGGCAGUAGUGCUAGCUUCAUACAGCAGACAGGCUGAAUAUGGAAAUCAUGACCGGGAGAGGCACACAGUUGAAUAUUUAAAGAAUUUGUUGAUGUUUCCAAAACAAAUGUUGGACAAUGGACAGAUAAUAGACAGCAGUAGCUUGCCGGAGACUGGAAGGCUAGAAUGGCUGACAGCUGCUGUGAUUCAGCAUCACAUGUCCUUGCACAACAUGUCCCAGGCCCAAGCUGAGGAAGGUUUCAUCACAACCUGCCAGCAGCUGCGAGGGUACGGACAGGAGAUGUUCACCGCCAAGGAGCAGCGCGACCAGACCGAGGUCACUAUCGCCAUCUCGCUCACCGGGAUACGAGUGCUGACAGACACCAGUGAUACACCUCAUUUCUACAGAUGGACGGACAUCACGAACGUGAUCAACCACAAGCGCACGUUCAGCGUGGAGUGCCAGCAGCAGGGACAGUCGGCGUCGUUCGUGCUGCCGACGCCCGAGGACGGCAAGUACGUGUGGAGGAUGUGUGUGAUGCAGCACACCUUCUACAUGCGGCAUCAGCCCCGAGAAGACCAUCGACCCAACUUUCAGGAACACGGGCUGUCAGAGAGUCGCGAGGAGCUGGAGGUCCGCGAGGUGAGCAGCAGCCGGCUGGAGCCGCUGACUGCCGAUCACCGCGCGCACUCCACCUCCUGUCUGGAGCUGGCAGAUCACAGCUGGCAGCCGCAGCCCAGGCCCAGAGCAUUAGUGCCGUCUUAUCGGCCAGCUCCUGACUACGAGACGGCGAUCCAGCAGAAAUACCAGCAACAACGAGCUGAAGCCCAGCUCCGGUACCAAAACCACUCGCACUCUCAACUUGUCAACACUCAGCCUCUGGUGUACGGCUCCCACCCAGACAUACACAGGGUCCACUACCCGGACGUCACCAGGCACACUGCCCCGCUCAGCCAGACAUACGUGGGCAACUAUCCCAUUGGACUCAACCCCAACCUACCAGCCGACGCUCGAUACGUGAAUGUGUACAAACCGCCCCCGCCCUACCCUUCUAAUGGUUUGGCGUCCAACUCCACCCCUGACCUAGCAGUGGCCAGCCAACUGAACUACCAUCGCGGAUAUAUCAAUGCUCAUGUUUCCGGAUCCAGUCCAGAUCUAGUUUCAACCAGAACAGCUCUUAACAGACCUUACCUGGGCUAUGUCAACCCCGUGGUCAACUACACUCGGCCCGUCCUCCCCCCGACACACGGCACAUACAAUAAUCUACCCUCCGUCCUUGAACCAAAGCAUAUUAUUAUAGAUCACGUGUCGGAUAGUAUUCAAAAAGUUUACGACGAACGAGGCAAUAUAAUGUACUCGGUACCGAUGCCUCGGAUAUCGUAUCAACGUCACUUGAUGCUGCCACAGGCUAUAAAGCACAACGAUACCCAGGAACCGAUAUAUGAGAACGUACCCUUACCAUGGCAGAGCGAACAGAAAAUCCGCGAAAGAGCACAAAGUUUAACCACAUCUGAUGAAAUAAAUCGGCUGAACGAAAGAAACGGGAGCCAACCUCCGAUUGAUACGCAAAACAUUUCUCCUAACGUGCCAUACGUCAAAGUUGACAAUGACAGCCAUUACGUCAAUGCCCAGAUUAUAAAAGGUGUACGAGAAUCGAGCAUACCCAAAGAAAAUAUAUCGCUUAAUAUCGACUUGGAGAAGAUCGUGGCUUCGUUUGAUCGAGUAUCAAUCAAGAACGAUGAUAAAGAUUGUGAUGAGACGCCGUACCAGAGCCUCUCGACGCACAGAGUAUCGAACAAUAUGAUUAGCAAAUCUGUCGAUAAUGUAACAUCGAUUAGCGUACCGGACAUUCGAGUGCAAGACAUCGAUUCGUCGCAGAGUACUGACAGUGCUUUAUCGAGUUCAAAUAUGAAUUCGACUUAUAGCACUAGUGAGUUAGAAAGUAGCAAAGGAAGUAAUAAAGAGAAGAAACGACGCAGAUGGGGCAUGUUUAUGGGGAGGGGUAGUAAGGGGGAGGUGAAGGGAGCUAAAGAGGUAAAAAGUGCUACUUUGGGCCGUGACAGGGCGAAAGUGGGACAGACAGCUAAUAAGCAUAGAUGGUCUACCGGUCUGCCCAAGUUUCAACCGUUGCCACCUAGUAUUACCAAAGAAACAUUGUGCCAAUUGCUAGAACGCAAAAUGUCGGACGAACAGUUAUCGUUCGCCUUCGACCAGAUACCGAAAGGUCGCGAGAACAGCACCGAGGUGGAGUACCGGACAGCACUGCUGCCGCAAUACGGCCACCUCAACCAUGGGGACUGUCUGCCCUACGAAGACAACCGAGUGAAACUCACCCCGACGCCCGAGAACCCACACGGCUACAUCAACGCUUCGCAUAUCACUAUGACGGUGGGUAAUUCGCAACGUUUCUACGUGGUGGCGCAAUCUGGCGGCGCGGAGUCGGGUGCGCUACUGUGGGAGUGUGUGUGGCAGCUUGGCUCGAGGCUGGUGGCUCUACUGGACUCUGGGCACCCCGCCUACUUGCCGCAAGAAAACCACACGGCAGACUAUGGACAGUUCCGCGUAAGCUGCGGGCGAUGGUCUCGCGUGGCGUGGGGCGAGACAGUGCGAGUGCGUGUACGGCGCGGCGCUCGCACGCGCAGCGUGUGGCACGUGCACUACACAAGAUGGCCGCCCGCGAGCCCGGGGGACGACCACGGAGCACUUGCGGACUGCGGCUCCUACCUGGAGUUCCUGUCCGAGCUGAACAGUCUGCGGGCGAGCAGCGAGACAGAAGCUGAGAUGGAAGCGAGCGCGGAGAAGCAGGCGAUCUGGUGCCGCAACCCUCCCGUGGUGCUCUGCUGCAGGGACGGCGCCGGACGAAGCGGGACCGCGCUAGCGGCCGACCUGCUGCUACACCAGCUGGACACCAACCAGGAGGUGGACAUUCCUCGCACGAUCAGCAUGCUGCACCAGCAGCGUGCCGCUCUCGUUCAGAACCUGUCUCAGUACCGCUUCCUGCACCAAAUACUGCUGAGAUAUCUGAAGCAGUCCCGGCUCAUAUGACAAGCCCCGCCCCGCCGACCACACCUCUCCACGUGGACACGCCCACUUUAUAAACAACUUCUAACACAUUGUUACUAAAUAAAUAAAAUAACGUUUAAAUUAGAAGAGAAUUCGUGGGGACGGACUAUUUAAAUGUGCUUACCGCCAUAUAAUUGGAUAAGUAAAACAUAAUGUUAUUUUUUCUACAGCAAACAUGCGACUAGAUCUAAGAAAAUAAGUUCUCAAAUUAUUAUUGUAACACUGUGUAUAGCAAUUUUUUUAUUAUUUAAUAUACAUUAAAUUAUAUUGUGUCAAUUGUUUUGCUCACAGCUAAUAGUCAUUGAAAUUUUUUACUAUUUUAUAUUAAGUAAUGUAUUGAAUUAAUUACUAGAAUUUUCAUCUUUAUUUGCGAACAUAAUAUGACGUCACGGCGGCCACAAAAUAAGAAAGGUUUUGAAUAAGGAUAGUUUAUUAUUUUGUCUCUUAUAAUUCACAAUAUCACCUGAUAAGAGAUGUCACUUGUUAUUGUAUAACUCUGCUUACCGUAUACAGGUGUUAUAGAAAAUAGUGUAAAGUGGAUGUCCAAAGGUAUUUUUUUAAUGAAAAUAGGGUCGAAACGAGAAGGACGUUUAGCUGAUGGUAAUUGAUACGCCCUGCUCAUUACAAUCCAGUGCCGCUCAGGAUUCUUGAAAAACCCCAAACAUUCUGAGCGGUACUACAACUGUGCUCCUCACCUUGAGACAUAAGAUGUUAAGUCUCAUUUGCCCAGUAAUUUCACUAGCCACGGCGCUCUUCAGACCGAAACACAGUAAUGCUUACACAUUAUUGCUUCACGGCAGAAAUAGGCGCCGUUGUGGUGCCCAUAAUCUAGCCGGCAUCCUGUGCAAAGGAGCCUCCCACUGGUAAGAAUACCUCUAGGGCUACAGAUUCGGAUCACCCCCAUGUCUGUUCCGGGACUGUUCAUAGUCUUCCAGUUAUGACUUUUUGUCUGAUCCUAAAAUACAAUGACAGACAACAUUUAUUGAGAUAUGUGAUUUUUUAUCUUAAUUAGGCCAGUAGAAACUAAAAUCAGAUCAAAACAUUUUAUUGAAUGGAGGUAAAAUACACCUUUUCACAUUUUAAAACAAUUAUAUAAGAAUAAAUGUAUUUUGCGACUUAAUACGCUUCUAAUUGCAUUUUAAGUAGGUAUUAAUGCUUUGACGAUUGUUAAUGUGUAUCUGAAAAAAAUAUUAAAAGGUUUCGGGUGGCUCUACAGGUGUUAUAUUCAAUUUUUUUUCAAAUUCAAAUAUUUUUAUUCAAAAUAGGAUUGGACAUCACUUAUUGAAAGUCAAAAAACUACCACCCAUUCCAAAGCGGGCUUUUUUUUCAUCCAAUAAAUAUGGUUACAAAGUAAUAUUGUACAAUUAAACUUGUUAUUUAAUAGCCUGAGGGCGGUCACUCCAUUCCCAAUCUGUGGUAUCAUUAAGAAAGUCAUUUAUGUUAUAGUAACCUUUACCACACAAACGUUUUUUAACAAUUCUUUUGAAUAACGUAAUACUUUUGUUUUGAACAUUUUCUGGGAUCUUGUUGUAGAAGCAUAUAAAUCGUCCCACAAAAGACUUAGCCGAGUAGUAGACAUCAUAAGUUUAUGUCUGUUCCUGGUGUUAACAUUAUAUAUAUACCUCUGGACAUCCAGUUGAAACAUUUUUUGGACAUCUGGUUAAAAGUGAAGGAUCUGAAUAAGAAAACCCUGGAGUAAAUUUUCGGCCAAUCGACUCAAUUUUUAUCUAUUUAAUGGUUAGCUAAAGUUCGCUUCCUAAUUCCUUUAUCUAUUUCAUAAUAAUUAUGUACGUAAUCUUAAUCAUGUGUAACAUCAGCUAGGUAGUUAGGAGACUUAUCGGAAGUAGCUUCAAGUCAAAAGAGUGCCUUACGAGAGACUGCGAUCUAAAUCAACUCGAUCAUAUCAACUAUGUGCCUUGGUAUUUAAUUAAGAACAAUUGGAAUUUUGUAUAAAUGGACGUUAGUCAUUAAAAUAUUCUAUUCUUACGUAUUUUAAGCGUUCAAUAAAUAUCUAAUAAGUAGAAAUAUUAUAUUUAAUUAGGAUAUAUACUUACUGUGCCGUGCCUACUAAAAUAUAUAUUAAUAAUAGUAAUUCGUAAUGGAUAGUUUUCAUGUAUUAAGUUCAGAUAGAUGAACAUUUGUGUUCUAACUCUCAUUGCUUCCAAAAUCAUGUUUACUUUUUUAUUCCGUGAUUUGGUUAGAUAUUUCUGAAACAUUAGCGUUAAAGUAAAUAUUUCUCAGAGAUCUUAUAUCUCUCUUAAGUAUCGGUUGUCUCCUUGAGACUCCGAUGCACGGACACUGAAAGCAAUGUAAUUUUAGAACUCAUUGGUGAAAGUGAAAACCAUAAUCGGCCGUUUUCAAUAACCUAUCUAUCCUUAGUUUUCCUAGAGGUAAGACAAAUCUAUCCUAUUAAGCUUACUUACAUUUCAAUAACCUAUCGACAUAAAGCAUUGGACUAUAUAUAUUGGACAUAACUAUGGAUAGAUAAGAUCUUGUCAUUAAACCGUGACAGCAAUGUAUCCGUAACUAGGGAUACGUUAUUGAAAACGGCCGCUAGACCAUAGAUAUAUUAUCCCAACGACGUUAGUAGAUUGGGAAUGCAAAUCAUCAAGCGAGACCAACAUCUGAUUGCUUGUGUCAUUGCAAAAUGUGUAAUUCUGAAGAUUUUCACAAGUAACCAUUUCCUACCACUUCUACUUAAUUUACUACAACAGAAUCUUUCCAUAAGAGCGAAAUUUGUCCGACAAGCCGAUAGCGUGUACGGAAAUGAUCUAGUCUGUCUAUCUCGCUCUAACACACUCUUAUCCUAUAUGCUAACCCUUUCGCAUUGCGAAUCUUUGGUACAAUACAUCUUUGAUCUAGACUAUGUUGUACGUCCAACUGUUACUUGAACGUUAAACUUCAGUCAAUUGUUAAUUAUCAUUCACCAACAUACGUAGUUCUAUACUUUAUUUUUUCAUGUUGUUGAUCAAUGGUGUUCUGUACAUACAGACAAAUCACGUCGUAUUAAAAAAUCUGAAAUAUUGAACGUACCACAAAAUUCACCACAAUAAGCUGCGACUGCUAUAUCUAUACAUUGUCGCAUUUACUCCAGUUGUUACAAUUAUUCUUGGUCAAUAAGCAGCAAUGUAAAACUUAAUUUAUUCAGUUCAGAUUCGGACAGUGACAGUUGACACACGACUAAGGAGAAAAGUGUGCUUACUUUAGGCACAUGACGUCAUUGUUUUUGAUAAUAUAAAUCCUAUUUGAAUUUUUUUUGCUAAUAUUUUUGAAUAAGUAAUUAUUUUUAAUUAAUCUCAGUGUGUGUUUAUAAAGUAAUAUUUAUAUAUUUUUUACGUAUUUUUGUUAUUUAUUGUGAAAAUGUCGAUAUGUAUAAGCGUGUGAAGAUUUUGUUAUGAAUUUAAUCGGUUUUUAUAUUUUUUCAUCAGUAUUUGUUUUAUUAAGUUAUAAAUAUUUUAUGUGUGUCUAAGUAUAACUCGGGCGAUCAACGUGCAGAUAUCCACAACAUUGCCUAAAUAAAGUUUUGAAUAUAUAAAUACUCUAUGAAACUUUUAAUGUCUUAAAUAGUAAACAAAUAUGGCGUACAGGUAACCAUAGAGAUGGGAGGCCAUCGAACGAAUGAACGACUGAACUUAAUGAUUUUUAAGCUGUGAACGAAAAGUAUUGGAUAAAUCAAUUCAUUCAUUCUUCUGAAGCAUACUGAUAGUAAUAAUCUAGGGGUCGGUGUACCUGCAGCACCUAGCAUUGCCUUCAAGCAGCACUAUUUUGUCUUCUUCUGUUUCUUCUUAUAUAUUCGAUACAAAUCAUCCGAGACGCCGCACCAAUUUUUCUUAACCCUUCUCUGACUAGCCAUUGACUGCAGCCAUUUUAAAAUUUUUUAUGUUUUCCAACAUGUUAUUUGAAUUGUGCCCAUAUUAAAUCUAUUCCUGACGGAAAUGUGUUAAUAGUUACAUUACGUUAUGUUGAUAGUUAUUCCUCAUUGUAACAAAUAAAUGGAAAUUAAAGUUUAAAACCUGCUGAAAUAAAUCUGUAAAUUAAAAACUUUUGCUAUACGAUUUUGUGCCAAUAACAUUGUAAAUCGGUUACAUGCACUAAAAUCGCAAUCGUGUAGUAUCGAAAUCCGGUAAAGGCUUAAUGAACAAUGAACAGCUGUUUCAACACAAAAAAAACACAUUGUUAGAAAUCCAAUAAGCACCCGUAACAUACGAUAUCAAAAGUGGCAACAAAAAGAAUGAUUAUUUCAGUGUUUUCUGGAAUAAACAACUGUCAAUAGGUCAAUAAUUCUCCAUGAUGUAUUUAGUAAAUGAUGUGAAAGUUUUAUAAAAUCUACUUAAUUCUACAACACUAUAAUUUUAAAACCUACUUAGUAAAAAUUUUAAUGUACAUUAUUUGGUACUUUGAAGAUAUUGUAGUUUUUAAAGUUCAGUUUUAAUUCUAGGUAAUUCGGUCUAAAUGUCCCAUCUCUAUGAGUCAAAGACAAAGUAGCGUAUCGAAACGUGAAGUUCAUAUUUUGUCUGUGGAAGUUGGUUCUGUUAAUAUUUCGAUUUUUAGACAAAAUUAUGCAUUUAAAUCAUUAAUUGAUAGCGUUCAGCUUUUAUUAGGGUAAUUCAUAGCAUGUGUGUUCCUGAAAUAAUUAUAAAUAUUUAAACUAAACCUAAAAUAAGUGAUUUUCAUUCAAGAUAGAGUUUAUUUAUUAUUUAAGACACGUAAGGAGAAAUAGACUAUAGACUGUAUAUUUUUGCAAACAGUAUGCAGCCUGGUAACACCAACAUAGUUGGGUCGUCUGUACGUUGAUUGCUGCGGGUAAUGUUGUGUUCAUCUUGUGUAUUUGAUAUCUAGUCGAAAGGCAGCUUAUAGUCGUAUGAGGUUCAGCACAAUCUGUGUUCAGACACACUUAGUAACAGUAAUUAAGUCGAAAUCUAGAAUAAGUAGAGGCUUAGUUCAGACAAGUUAAAAUCCACCUUUAUUUUCUAUUAUUUUAAGUACCUACCGAUUCAUUACUCAUAUUGAAAUAGUUUAGAUUGUUGCAAUGUAAUUAUUAAAAAAUUAAAAUAUUAAUUAUGAAUGCUAAUGAAUAACAUAAUUAAAUUAUGUGAGUCUGAACUAGCCUUAAUGCUUAAGACACCGUCACAAUAUACCCAAGAUAAAUUGUCAGAAGAGUUACAUUAAUACUCUUAGAAAUAUUGCUCACAAUAGCUCAAACAAUUAAACAUAUUACAAAGUAAAUCUCAUUUUGUGUAAUAAUUAUUAAUGUUUUUAUGAAUGUAUUUUUUAUGUUUUAAAAAAUGAAAAUCAUUGUAAAUUAACUCAAAUAAAAUGUCUUCUUUUUAA